CAUUCUACUCAUAUUGACAGAGGAACACAUCUGACCGAGUGGACCUGAGGCGCUCCUCGUCUGGCUCAAGAACACGUUGGCUGAGCCAGUGACUGCACAUCCUACUUCUACUCACCUUUAGAGUUAUUAUAGUUGAGUGUCAAAUCCUUUAAAUAAAUUGUGCAUAAUGCAGUUUUUACAGUCUAGAAUCACAAGGUUGUAGAAGUUUAGCAGGGCGUAGCAGCCCGAGUGUAAUCCUAAACUUACAUCGCCCCCUACCGACGAUAAGGGAGGUCAAACCUCAUCGCAGUACCACCGCCCCGCCGGCAGGGGGCGCUGGAGGCCGCCGAGCUGCGUCGUUUCCCCGGCGCCGCAGUCCUUCCGCCACCACCGGGAGCACAGAGAGCAUCAAAACACAAACAAUGGGCAAGAAGCACAAAAAGCACAAGUCCGAAAAACACGGAUAUGAAGAGUCCGGGGAGAGGCCCCUGAAGCUGGUGCUCAAAGUGUCCGGCAGCGAGGUGACGACGGGCAGCUCCGGUCUGGAGCCGGUCUCCGACGAGCGGCCGGCGGACGGCGACAAACCCAAAGAGAAGAAGAAGAAGAAGAAGAAGGAUAAAGAGAAGAGCGCCGGCUCCCCGGAGGACGACAAGGGCAAGAAGAAGAUGACGAAGAAGAAGAAAGGACCGGAAGUGAACGACGAGGAUGAACGCAGCAGAACCCCGAUCCGCUCGGAGCUGGAUAAACAGGAAGAAAAGGAACAAACUCCUCUGCAGGAAGCGUUGAACCAGCUCAUCCGGCAGCUCCAACGGAAGGACCCCACCGCGCUCUUCUCGUUCCCGGUGACCGACCUCAUCGCUCCGGGCUACUCGAUGAUCAUCAGGCGUCCGAUGGACUUCAGCACCAUAAAGGACAAAGUGAAGAAGAGUUACUACCAGUCGCUGGAUGAGCUCACGAUGGAUUUCAGGGUCAUGUGUGAAAACGCCAUGAUCUACAACCAACCGGAGACGAUCUACCACAAAGCGGCUCGGAAGCUGCUGAACUCCGGACUGAAGAUCCUCAACCAGGAGCGACUGGACAGCCUGAAGCAGAGCAUUGAGUUCAUGUCGGGCCUCGACCCGUCGGCCAAACCGCCGGGAAAGACCGAGGGACCCGGAGGACCCCCCACCGCCGAGAGACCCCAGACCCCCAGCAGACAAGAGAAAGACUCCAAGGACGAGGCGGCGAAGGUGGAGAAAGAGCUGCAGGAAAUCCACAAGGUCAUCGAGGAGUCUGGAGGGAAGCUGUCCAACCGAGUGCUGCAGUGUGACUUGGAGUUUUCCCGGCGGAAGGCCGACGGCUCCACCACCAUGACCAUCCUCAACCCCGCCGACCCCUCCGUGGGAGACGCCGGCUUCUGUCCCGUGAAACUGGGCAUGAUGUCCAACCGGCUGCAGAGCGGCGUGAACAGCCUGCAGGGCUUCAGGGAGGACAAGAGGAACCGCAUCACUCCAGUGACCUACGUCAACUACGGGCCCUUCACCUCCUUCGCGCCGACCUACGACUCCAGCUUCGCCAACAUCAGCAAGGAGGAUUCCGACCUCGUCUCCUCCCUCUACGGCGAGGAGGCGGAGCCUCUGGCCUCAGACAGCUUGUUGAAGUUCCUCGCCAAGUCGGACGAGUACGUUUACCGACUGGCGGAUGACGUUCUGGACGCCGUCACCAACGGAGAGCACUCCAGGAGCCUGAAGGCGGCCGAGCCGCAGGUGGAGGAGGGAGCGAACUCACAAGAGGACUCGAGUGACAUGGAGGUCGCUGAACCCGACGUGGCCGACUGCAGCCGGCUGGACUUCCUGCGCCAUGCGGCCGGCCUGCAGGCAGCAGAGCCGCUCUCUGGGGAGGCUCUGCACUUCCAGCAGAAGCUGGACGACACCACCGCGCUGCUGCGUGAGCUGCAGGAGGCGCAGCAGGAGCGCCUGAGCACCAAGCAGCCGCCCAACAUGAUCUGCCUGCUGGCGCCGACGGCCCGGGAGUUGGAGCUGGCUGAGAAGGUGACGGGGAACCUGGCCUCUCUGACGGGCCUCGUGGCUCCAUGUGACGUCAGCAGUGUGUUCAGCAUCAGGAGGGCCAUGGGCAUUGCGGGGCCCCCGGAGCCCCCCGGGGCCCCCGGGCCCCUCCUGGACCUCACCACAGUUCUGGAGGCGGAGCCUAUGGAGUCGUCCGUUGGUCCAGGUCCGGUCGCUGUCUGAAGAACUUUUAUCAUUAACUUAUGUUUCGUAUGAAGUGAUUUUUUGUGUGACAUUUGUAUCCAUUUCAGUCAAUAAACUCGUUUUAUAAGUUUUUA